CACACACACACACACGGAGCAGGAAAUAGGUCAGUAAUGUAAGCAGUGACCAGGCAACUAGUCGCAGCCGCCCGCAGCCGUAACUAUGGGAUCUGACACCGCUGUUUAACCCGGGGUGGAGGCUGAGACUGAGACCAGCCGGCGUACUGUUGGCUGCGGAAUUUGUUGGACGAUUUGAUUCCUACUUUGUGGAAGAGACCACCUCAGGAGACAGACAGACAGACAGACAGAGGAGAGAAAGCAGAGAGAGCGAGAGAAGCAUGGGUUGUGCCAAAUCGAAAGACUCUGUGGACUUGCAAGAAAAAAGCGUACAUGAUCCUGUAGGCAAAUCUCAAACAGCUCUUUAUGUGAAAGACCCCACAAGACCCAACAAUCCUAUCUCAAAUAAUGUUCUAUCCACCAAUAAUUCAUCUUCAGGAGGAACCGAUGACAUGGUAGUCGUGGCUCUUUAUGACUACGACGGGAUCCACGAAGGAGAUUUGAGUUUCAAGAAAGGAGAGAAGGUCAAAGUGAUCUCGCAACAAGAUGAGUGGUGGCUGGGAUUAUCUUUAGCAACCAAACAGGAAGGUUACAUUCCAAGUAACUAUUUCGCCAAAGUUAACUCACUGGAAACUGAAGACUGGUUCUUCAAGGGUGUCAGUCGAAAGGAUGCAGAGCGACAACUUCUGGCAUCGGGAAAUAAACUUGGCUCAUUUAUGAUCCGAGACAGUGAAACAACCAAAGGGAGUUAUUCUCUCUCUGUUCGAGAUUACGAUCCAGCGAAUGGCGAAACGGUGAAACAUUACAAGAUCCGUACCCUGGACAACGGCGGUUUUUACAUCUCGCCCCGAAUCACCUUCACCGACCUGAACGAACUCGUCAAUCAUUACAAGCACAUAGGGGAUGGCUUGUGCCAGAAGCUGACAAAGGCCUGCCUGAGUGAGAAACCAGAGAAACCGUGGGAGAAAGAUGCCUGGGAGAUCCCGAGGGAGUCCCUCCGAUUGGAGAAGAAGCUCGGAGCUGGGCAGUUUGGAGAAGUGUGGCUGGCGACAUUCAAAAACCACACCAAGGUGGCAGUGAAGACCAUGAAGCCAGGAACAAUGUCAGUGGAGGCUUUCCUGAUGGAGGCUAAUCUGAUGAAGGCUCUACAGCACGACAAGCUGGUACGGCUCAACGCAGUGGUGACCAAGGAGGAGCCCAUCUACAUCAUCACGGAGUUAAUGUCCAAAGGAAGUUUGUUAGAUUUCUUGAAGAGUGAAGAAGGGAACAGAAUACAGUUGCCCAAAUUGAUAGAUUUUUCAGCGCAGAUUGCAGAAGGAAUGGCUUAUAUUGAAUCCAAGAACUACAUACACAGAGACUUGCGGGCUGCCAAUAUAUUAGUGAGUAGCAUGCUGGUUUGCAAGAUUGCUGACUUUGGCUUGGCCAGGAUAAUUGAAGACAAUGAAUAUACCGCCAGAGAAGGUGCCAAGUUUCCCAUCAAGUGGACCUCGCCGGAGGCUAUAAACUUUGGAUCUUUUACAAUCAAGUCCGACGUCUGGUCCUUUGGAAUCGUUCUCAUGGAAACCAUCACGUAUGGCCGCACCCCUUACCCAGGAAUGUCGAACCCAGACGUGAUCCGCUCACUAGAACACGGGUACCGGAUGCCUCGCCCAGAUGUAUGCCCCACUGAGCUGUACGACAUCAUGAUGAAAUGCUGGAAGAACAAGCCAGAGGACAGGCCCACGUUUGAGUAUUUGCAGAGCGUCCUUGAAGACUUCUACACAGCCACAGAAAGCCAGUAUCAGCAGCAGCCAUAAUAACCAAGUGCCAAGUAUGAACAGAGAAUGGGACGAAGCAAAAAAAUAAGUCUCCCAAGCCAUCCAUUUUAGUUUUGACUUUAUGGAGGUCUGCACUUGCAUUGUUUUGCACCAUGUCCAAAGUGAGAAUGGUUUCUAACAUUAUUGACUGUAAGCAAUGUAUUUUCCACGUCAAAUAUUUUCAAUAACUUUUUAAAAUAUGUAUUAGCAAAUGUUCUACGGAAACGUCAAACAAAUCAUUUGUUCGUUGAUGGCUGAACAAAAAGGUUUAUUUUUGCUGAAAUGCUCCAAAUAAUAUUGGUGCUGUAGUUUCAUUCACAUCACCGUUUAUAUUUUAUCGUGCUCUAUUU